CGCCCCGCCUCGCCCCUCGGCCCGGCUCCGCCCCGCAUCUCCGUCGCGCUCUGCAUCCCUGUGGAGGAGCCCCGCCGCCCCGGCAGAGCCCGGAUCUCCGCACGACCGAAGCCCGCCACUCCAGACCCGGGUGGCCGCCGCUGGAGCGCGCGGCGCGGCGUGGAAAGAUGGCCGCCCUGACGACGGUUGUGGUGGCGGCGGCGGCCACCGCCGUCGCCGGGGCUGUGGCGGGGGCGGGCGCGGCCCCGGGAACCAGCGUGGGAGCCGCGGUGCCGCAACAGAAUGAUGGCUGUCUUGGUACUUCAGGUGGAAUUCGUCCUUUUCAGCUUCAAAACUGGAAGCAGAAAGUUAAUCGAACUAGGAAAGCAGAAUUCAUACGUACAGCUGAAAAAUUUAAGAAUCAGGUUAUUAAUCUAGAAAAAGACAAACAUAGUCAUUUCUACAACCAAAAAAGUGACUUCAGAAUUGAACACAGUAUGCUGGAAGAAUUGGAAAAUAAACUGAUUAACAGCAGGAAAACAGAAAGAGCAAAAAUCCAGCAACAAUUGGCCAAAAUAUACAACAAUGUAAAGAAACUUCAGCAUCAGUUAAAAGAUGCGAAGCCUACACCUGAUUUUGUUGAAAAGCUCAGAGAAAUGAUGGAGGAAAUUGAAAAUGCAAUUAACACUUUUAAGGAAGAGCAGAGGUUGAUAUAUGAAGAGCUUAUUAAAGAAGAGAAAACAACUAAUAAUGAGUUGAGUGCCAUAUCAAGAAAAAUUGACACAUGGGCUUUGGGUAAUUCAGAAACAGAGAAGGCUUUCAGUGCAGCAUCAAGCAAAGUUCCUGUGGACAAAGUCACACCAAGUGCUCUUCCAGAAGAAGUGGUAGAGUUUGAAACGUUCCUCCAGCAGACAGGAGGGCGCCAGGGGGGCUGGGAUGAUUAUGACCACCAGAACUUUGUGAAGAUGAGAACCAAGCAUAAAGGGAAGCCAGCAUUCAUGGGAGAAGUUCUGGAGCACCUUCCCGGAAGAACGCAGGAUGAAGUUCAACAGCAUGAGAAAUGGUAUCAAAAAUUUCUGGCCCUAGAAGAAAGAAAAAAAGAGUCUAUUCAGCAUUGGAAAACCAAAAAGCAGCAAAAAAAGGAGGAAAUUUUCAAAUUAAAGGAAAAAGACAGCAUACAAGUACUUUCUCAUAGUAAACAGGAAGAUAACCAAAAACAAAAAGAAGAACAAAGAAAGAAGCAAAAAUUGGCCAUUGAAGCUUGGAAAAAGCAGAGAAGUAUAGAAAUGUCAAUGAAAAAUGCUUCCCAGUUAAAAGAGGAGGAAGAGAAAGAGAAAAAGCAGCAGAGAGAGCGUCAGCGCCAGUGUAAACUAAAAUUGCUGCUGGAGACUUACACCCAACAGAAGAAAGAACAGGAAGAAUUUUUGAGACUUGAAAAGGAGGUACGGGAAAAGACAGAAAAGGCAGAAAAAAGGAAAACUGCUGCUGAUGAAAUUUCUAGGUUUCAAGAAAGAGAUUUACAUAAACUUGAAUUGAAAAUUCUGAAUAGACAAUUAAAGGAAGAUGAGAAGGCAGAAAAACAAAGAAAACUGGCAAAAUUAAAAGAAAAGGUUGAAAACAAUGUUAGUAGAGAUCCCUCUAGACUUUACAAACCUACCAAAGGUUGGGAAGAACGGACCAAAAAGAUAGGACCAACAGGCUCUGGGCCACUCCUACAUAUCCCGCAUAGGGCUAUUCCAACCUGGAGACAAGGAGUUUAGAAAAUAUGCGAUCAUGAAAUUGGCAUUCAGUUGAUGAGAAUGUUAGCAUAUGGAGUUAUAGGAGGAGGGAAUGACCAUGUCCUUAGAAUUUUAUUAGCCUCUUCAGAUUGAUUAUUGUGUUGCAUGUGAAUUGGCAGGUAUUAAGUUCUACAAUGCAUUGUCGUUAGUAUUUCUUGUUUAUACUAAGAGGGUAAUUAAUAUAUGUUGGCCUGCUGAUGUCAAAGUUCUUUGAAUAAGUUUAUGUUAGAAACAGUAUUUUAUUUAAAUACUUAAAACAUUUGAAAGAUUUUUUUUUUGUCAUGGCAUGGCAAAAUAAAUUGAGACAAUCAUACAGUGACAUUUUUAAACCAAGAUUUUGUACCAUUUAUAACUUGGAACUAAAUUAACUUGAGUAACAAAAAUUUUAAGUUUUUUCUUUUGAGUUAUGAAAUGUUAGAACUUUUUCUAAGUUUAACAAAUUGGUAAUUUGUCAGUUACUACUACAUUUUUGUGUAACAAAUAUUUUGUAUUUGUUUGAAGCAUGCUUUGUUUUAUAAGGAAAAUAUUUAUUUUAAAAAUACACUUCUCACCUCCUA